AUGAAGGUCGCAGCCCUCCUCGCCCUGCCCCUCGCCGUGCUGGCCUCACCCCUGAGCGCCCGCCAGUCCUCGACCUUCUGCGACGACUGGGGCAGCGCCGUCGCGGGCCCGUACACGGUCUACAACAACCUCUGGGGCAAGGGCUCCGCGACGUCCGGACAGCAGUGCACGACGCUCUCGGGCCUGUCGGGCAACGCCGUGUCGUGGUCGACGUCGUGGAGCUGGGCCGGCGGCCAGAACAACGUCAAGUCGUACCCCAACGCCCUGCUCGCCAUCACCAAGCGGCCGCUGAGCCAGGUGUCGUCCAUCCCCUCGUCGUGGUCCUGGUCCUACACGGGCUCCAGCCUCGUCGCCAACGUCGCCUACGACCUCUUCACCGGCAACACGGCCGACAGCGCGCCGGCCUACGAGAUCAUGAUCUGGCUCGGCUCCCUCGGCGGCGCCGGCCCCAUCAGCGCCACCGGCAGCACCAUUGCCAACCCCACCAUUGCCGGCACGACCUGGAAGCUGUACCAGGGCAGCCACAGCCAGAUGAACGUCUUCAGCUUUGUCGCGCCCUCGAACAUCCGCAGCUUCAACGCUGACCUGUACGCCUUUGUCAACUACCUCGCGGCCAACCACGGGCUGCCGAAGAGUCAGAUCCUGCAGAGUGUCGGUGCCGGCACGGAGCCGUUCACUGGAUCCAACGCCGUCUUCACGACCAGCUCGUACCAGGUCUCUGUUUCUUGA